UUUAUAGCCUUUGUUGGCAGCUGAGGGCGGCGCACACACUCUGUAACCAGCAUCACGGUCGUUUCGUUCCUUCCCUAAACCCAAAGUAACACAUUGACCAUGCGGGAGAUAGUACACAUGCAAGCUGGCCAAUGUGGAAACCAGAUCGGAGCAAAGUUUUGGGAAGUGGUCAGUGAUGAGCAUGGCAUUGACCCAACGGGCACCUACCAUGGAGAUAGUGACCUCCAGUUGGACCGCAUCAACGUCUACUACAACGAGGCUACAGGAGGUAAAUAUGUUCCCCGUGCAAUUAUGGUUGACCUGGAGCCUGGCACCAUGGACUCUGUUCGUUCCGGUCCAUUUGGGCAGAUCUUCAGACCGGAUAACUUUGUGUUUGGGCAGAGUGGUGCAGGGAACAACUGGGCCAAAGGUCACUACACAGAAGGUGCGGAACUGGUCGACUCGGUCCUGGAUGUGGUGCGGAAGGAGGCAGAGAGCUGCGACUGCCUGCAGGGGUUCCAGCUCACCCACUCUUUGGGCGGGGGCACUGGGUCGGGCAUGGGCACGCUGCUGAUCAGCAAGAUCCGGGAGGAGUACCCGGACAGGAUCAUGAACACCUUCAGCGUGGUGCCUUCGCCCAAGGUGUCGGACACGGUGGUGGAGCCCUACAAUGCCACCCUGUCGGUCCACCAACUGGUGGAAAACACAGACGAGACCUACUGCAUCGACAACGAGGCCCUCUACGACAUCUGCUUCCGCACCCUCAAGCUGACCACCCCCACCUAUGGUGAUCUCAACCACCUGGUGUCGGCCACCAUGAGCGGGGUGACCACCUGCCUCCGCUUCCCCGGGCAACUCAACGCGGACCUGCGCAAGCUGGCGGUCAACAUGGUUCCCUUCCCCCGCCUCCACUUCUUCAUGCCCGGCUUUGCCCCCUUGACCAGCCGAGGCAGCCAGCUGUACCGUGCUCUCACCGUGCCCGAGCUCACCCAGCAGGUGUUCGACGCCAAGAACAUGAUGGCGGCCUGCGAUCCGCGGCACGGGCGCUACCUGACGGUGGCCACCGUGUUCCGGGGCCGCAUGUCCAUGAAGGAGGUGGACGAGCAGAUGCUCAGCGUGCAGAACAAGAACUCCAGCUACUUCGUGGAGUGGAUCCCCAACAACGUCAAGACGGCCGUCUGCGACAUCCCGCCCCGCGGCCUCAAGAUGGCGGUCACCUUCAUCGGCAACAGCACCGCCAUCCAGGAGCUCUUCAAACGCAUCUCCGAGCAGUUCACCGCCAUGUUCCGUCGCAAGGCCUUCCUCCACUGGUACACGGGAGAGGGAAUGGAUGAGAUGGAGUUCACAGAGGCAGAGAGCAACAUGAACGACCUGGUCUCCGAGUAUCAGCAGUACCAAGAUGCCACAGCAGAGGAGGAAGGGGAGUUUGAGGAAGACAUCGAGCACGAUGAGGCUUAAACAUAAAAAUCCAUGUUCAUCCCUUGAUCCUGUACAUAAAAGCAUCCUUUUUUCAAAUUGUGUAAUUGAGCAAAUUUCGUGGGGUUUUGAAGCCUCUUGCAGGACUCGAGUUUAAAAUCACGGCCUGUGACAAAACAUUGGCCAAUUUGAUGAGUAACGUCCAUAAAAUGUGAAACUCCCCAUCAAUGCCAAAGCCCGAGCCGCCAUCCCAGGUCAGAGCAAAUUAUUAUCCCAAGCCCCACAUUCGCACAUACAAAUCGAAAUUGGCUGUGUAGUUGUUGAAGCUUUAAGGGCCAGUUCCACUUGGUGAUUAUUUUCGGUGACUGCCGACGUCAUAUCAGUGUCGCCGAAUGAUUGAACAUUUAAAAAUCCAGCGGCUACAAAAAAAAUGUUGCGACACUUGAAAAAACACCGCACGUAUUUUUCCGUGACCUGCUCCGUCAGUCAAUGAUUCUGGCUGUCGCAGAAACAAACGCCAAGUGGGACAGGCCCUUUAAUGAUUUGAAAGUGGCUUAUUCAUCAGAUGCGAUCAAAUCUGAGGAAGGGACAAGAAUGUUGCAAAUUUGACAUUGUGGGGGGGAAGAGGGAGGGAGCCAACUAGAAAAUUUAAGUCUCAAAUCAUUCAGAUGAGUCGGCCCAGCCACCAGAGGAGGCAGGGAGCCAACUACAGAUCAGACAGAUGUGGGCUGAGUCUGAUCUGUAAAUCCAAUAUCCAUGCGCAGUGCAAGUACAAAUAGACUGUGGCCCUCAACUCCUGUGGUGAACUCGAGCCCUGUGUUGCAGUAUUCCUCAAGUCUUUGUUUUGACUGUUUCUGAGCCAUUUUCCCCCCUGUUUCAGGUCAAUAGACACGUCUUUAGUACAGCUGUGUGGUGGGAUUGGCAAACAUUGGAUAUGCCGGUGGUUUCGGGCAAACACUUCAAUGAUACUAAUUUGACAUUAGUGAAUGGAAACACGGAGAUGGUGAGAUCAAUAUUUGCACAGUCACUUUGUUGCUGGCCAUGUGAAGUCACCUUGCCCAAUCAUUAGUGCCUAGGUCAGGGGCCGGCAACCUACGGCCCCCGGGCCGAAUCCGGCUCAUAACCCCAGGCAUUUUUUUUUUUUCCCUCCCUCAAUCAUCCGGUUCGCAGACUUCCGCCAUCUCCGGUAACUGGAAUGUGGAAAGUUUUGGUCUCCAAAUCUGAGGAAGGACAUUAUUGCCAUAAAGGGAGUACAGAGAAGGUUCACCAGACUGAUUCCUGGGAUGUCAGGACUGUCUUAUGAAAAAGACUGGAUAGACUUGGUUUAUACUCUCUAGAAUUUAGGAGAUUGAGGGGGGAUCUUAUAGAAACUUACAACAUUCUUAAGGGGUUGGACAGGCUAGAUGCAGGAAGAUUGUUCCCGAUUUUGGGGAAGUCCAGGACAAGGGGUCACAGCUUAAGGAUAAGGGGGAAAUCCUUUAAAACCGAGAUGAGAAGAACUUUUUUUCACACAGAGAGUGGUGAAUCUCUGGAACUCUCUGCCACAGAGGGUAGUUGAGGCCAGUUCAUUGGCUAUAUUUAAGAGGGAGUUAUAUGUGGCCCUUGUGGCUAAGGGGAUCAGGGGGUAUGGAGAGAAGGCAGGUACGGGAUACUGAGUUGGAUGAUCAGCCAUGGUCAUAUUGAAUGGCGGUGCAGGCUCGAAGGGCCGAAUGGCCUACUCCUGCACCUAAUUUCUAUGUUUCUAUGUUUAAGGAAGUACUACAGAUACUGGAAAAAUUGAUGGUGGAAAAAAAAAUGCUGGAGCAAGUCUCUCCCAUUUUUUUUCCUACCUCCAGUACCUGGAAUGUGAUUUGACUGUAUCGCAUCCUGCAAAACCUCCGGCACGGCCCCGCACAUUCUGUAUCUGGGCUUCACUGUCGGGAUCGGGGUUGUCAGUGGCAGGGGACGAGUGAGUACGGGUAUUCGAGCCAUCGCCUUCAGGGCGUAGCCAGCCAAGACAAUGGUCCGUGUAUGUGCCAUGUUGGCGAGCGCCCGUAACUAGGGGCCAAUGCUCCGGGUGGUGUCCUCGAAGGGGCGGGAUCUAUGUGAACACGUGGUUUGAUGCCAGCCAUUCGGGGCGUGAUCCAUGCGUACAAGUGAUAGAUGUGGCCCUCCAUCCGCUCACAGGACAUGUGUCCUCGCCCCUUGGCAGAAAGAUUUGCCGACCUCUAGCCUCAGUGGAAGAUAAUUCAGAUUCCAAUGAACCAGUCUUAUUUUGGCCUACACUUGUAGAAAACAUUGUGUGCUUUGUUGCUGGGACUUAAAUCCUACCCUUCAGUAAACCUCACAAAUUCAGCCCUGCAUUCGAUUGUUGGGAUAUGUCGCAGUGCUUUUUUUUCCCAUUUGGGGUACUUCACUUUCAUACAAAGUCAUUGAUUGCUCAGGUCACCUUCGAAUGGGGGGGGGGUCGGCAACCUUAGGCCCCUGGGCCGAAUGUGGCCCGUAAUCCGAAAUCAUCCGGCCUGCAGGCGGUUUUUUUUUUCUGUUUUUUUUUUUUGCCGAAUUUAUCCAACCCGCCGACUUCCAUCGUCUCCUGUCGCUCACGAGGCCGCGGUGACGUGAUGGCGGAGGUGCCAUCCAGCAGCACCGAGCUCUGGCUGUACCUCAUCCUGAGCACAGCAGCUGGCAUGGCCUCGCACCUUCGAUGUCUCGGCUUCACUGUCAGGAUCAAAGAUCCGUUGUACGAUCUUUGGUCGGGGUUUGUCAAUAGGCCGGGGUCAAGCGAGUAUGAAGGUGCGGGAUCCAUGUGUACACGUGAUAGAUGUGGCACGCCAUCCCCUCACAAACAUGCGUCCUGGCCCCUAUGCAGAACAAGGUUGCCCACCCCUGCCUUAGAUGUUUCAAUCUGCUUUCCUCAUCAUGCCACCUGCUUUGUAUCCUUAACUCUAACCACAAAUCAUCCCACAGUCUUGCCCAAUGAAUGUUUGUAAAUCUUAUAUGGGACCAUCUACAAAUUCAAUGUCGGGUAUAGAAAGCCAGGUGACUGAUUUGCUACUGAAUUUAACCGUGUUUGUUUUCACUCAUUGUUUCUUGUAGAGAACGGAUAUUUGCAAUUCCAGUAAUAUUGUGCCUGGUGUCCAACAUGUUUGCCAGAUCACCUCGAACACAACAAAAGUUUGCUUUGACCUCGAUCCAGUUCUUAAACUUUGUACUCUUAACUUGAACUGCCUGUGGUUGAAAUCCAAAGUACAUACAUUGUACUUUUCCUCCUUUUCCUCCCAUGUUCCAUGUUUUGGUUUAUUACUUCUGUUGAGUGAGAGGUGAAGAUGAGUGACAUCUGAUUCUUCAAUGCAAAAGCAAAAAGAUCUUUGUUUUUAGUGAUCUGAUAUUUGGUUGUGAAUGAUGUACAAGGUUACCGGAAGGACACCCGAGAUCUGUGGCCAUUUUUUGAGUUGCAACCACUGCAAAUGGUGCCUGAUUCGUGUUGUUGAGCCAAAAUUCCACUGCUUAAAAUUUUGACCAGGAAGCUGUCGAGCUUUUUUCUACACUACUUGCUGAGCACUUUUCAAUCUUUGUCUUGUGGACUUUUCUCAUGUUUUUCACCACUUUGAAUCCAUUCUCCUUUUUUUCAUAUUGAAAAGUGUCGAGCAAGCCUGUUUCUUAACUGACGAAUAAACCUUUUUUUGCAAUUUCA